AAUGAAUGUGAUGGGUCAGGUGCUGCUGAGCCAGAGCAUCACUGACGAAAGCAGUCCAUGGACUCUUGCCGCUUCGCAAAAGUUUGUUACCUCUCUGCGCCAUUUCAGUCAGUUAAGAACAAGUACUGGGGAACUCAUGCAGUCAUUUGGAAGUAAGCACCUGCUGGACUGAAGGAGCCAAGAUGUUCCCAGUCUACUAGCAAUAACACUCCAAUGGAGGCCUCUGGCAAAAGCGCUCCAGCAAGACAGUCUCCUUCCCCUUUCCAGGCACUUGAGGCUGAACCCUUGGAAAGAAAAACAAGCAGGUUUCAAUAAUCUUAGCCAACUGAGAGGAAAAAAGAAAUACCAUUUCAGACAUGCCAAGGGCUGUGAUGAAAAUCAGUUCAGAUCAUCUAUGUGAAAGCGCUUAACAGAAAUCCAAAGGCACUCGAUGAAUGAAAUGAUUUUUAAAACCAUUAAGGAAGACUCAGAAAUAUAAUGUGAUUUAUAAAUAUGUUUGUCCCUUCAUUAAAUGAACUCAUCAAGAGUUUAAGUAUGUGCCAGAUGAUCACCUGUUAUGCAAGUCACCGUAGUUUGCACAAUUCAGUUUAUGAUUCCUCUUGAAGUGACUUUCUGCUUCCAAUCAAAGCUCAAGAAUUCCACCUAAAAAUGUUUUUCUGCCCAAAAGCUUUUUUUUACUACUUCCAUGUUUUGAGCCUUGUUCCAGAAAGCUGAGGUUUCUCCAGGUCUGACCACUAAUCAGUGAGACAUUGGUGCCUCUUCCUUCAGUGCUUCUAGCAGACCUACUGAUAAGCUCCCUAGAUGAGAUACACUGCAUAAAAAAAAUGGUGCCCAAACAACAGCUUUAAGUGCCUGCUAGAUCUCUGUUCUUUCAGAAGUCUCUCUCCACUUAUCUCUCCACUAAAGAUGGACUUAAAACUAAAAGAUUGUGAAUUUUGGUACAGUCUCCAUGGCCAGGUCCCAGGGCUGCUGGACUGGGACAUGGGGAAUGAGUUAUUUCUGCCUUGUACCACAGACCAGUGCUCUUUAGGUGAGCAGAUCCUUGCCAAAUACAGAUUCCAAGUAAUGAAGCCCCCAGAGAUGCCUCAGAAUAGGAGACCCAGUCCUGAUGAAGAUGGUCCUCACUGUGAACCCAAUCUGUGGAUGUGGGUGGACCCCAAUAUCGUGUGUCCCCUUGGCAGCCAGGAGGCCCCAAAGCCCAGUGGAAAAGAGGAUCCGACAAACAUUUCUCCUUUCCCUCAGCCUCCACUAAAAGAUGAAGAGUCUAACUGCUCAGAGGACAAAAUGGUAGAGUCUCUGCCAUCUUCCUCCAGUGAGCAGUCUCAUUUACAGAAGCAGGGUAUCCAUUCCCCCAGUGACUUUGAGCUCAUAGAAGAGGAGGCUGAGGAACAAGAGGACAACUCCCUCCAGUCCCCUGAAAUGAAGUGCUUCCAGAGCCAGAAACUAUGGCAAAUCAACAGCCAAGAGAAGUCCUGGCAAAGGCCCCCUCUCAAUUGUAGCCACCUUAUUGCCCUAGCAUUAAGAAACAGCCCCCACUGUGGUCUCAGUGUGCAGGAGAUCUACAAUUUCACCCGACAGCAUUUCCCCUUUUUCUGGACAGCUCCGGAUGGCUGGAAGAGCACCAUUCAUUACAACCUCUGCUUCCUGGACAGCUUUGAGAAGGUACCAGACAGCCUUAAGGAUGAAGAUAAUGCAAGACCUCGCUCUUGCCUUUGGAAGCUCACUAAGGAGGGGCACCGCCGCUUUUGGGAGGAGACUCGUGCCUUAGCCUCUGCUCAAAGGGAGAGAAUCCAAGAGUGCAUGAGUCAGCCAGAAUUGUUGACCUCUCUCUUUGAUCUUUGAAAUACCACUACUCCCUUUUGGAACACUGCCUUCCUUACUGUGCCUACUUAUCCCCUGACAUUCGUUAAUCUCUAAACUUACCCAGCCUGGUUGGUGCCAAGCCUGUCUUUAGCUACUGUUACAAUAAUGGUGUUAAGUAAAGUUAGAGGUGGGUACAAGGGAGACAGAACUUAAAUCCAGGUGGAGAGUCAUGGAAAGUCGCAUGAGGAGUGGCUGUUGUUCCACAUUUUGAGCAAAGGAAGAAAAUCCUAGAAACAAUGGCAUAGAAACUAAGGAAGGAAGGGUGUGUUUUGUGAAAGAAAGGAAUUUUGUUUAUAGAGAGUAUUUUCACACAUGGAAGUGAACAGUGGAAUAUAAAGCAUAAAAGGCAGGAUGGAGCCAAGCCAUGGAGAACCUCGAGUGCCAUGUGAAGAGAAUUUGACUUGUGAUGGAGAAUCAAGUUUCCCCCUCUACCAUUCAUCAGCUACAUCUCCUUUUUAAGUAACCCAUUUUAUCCUUCAGAACCUCACAUUUCUAUUUCUGGCCCUGGACUUCUAAGCCUUGUUUCUUUGUCAUCCAAUUCCAGUAUUGACAAAUAAUUCUAAACAGCUACUUUUAGUUUGUAUGUUUAACGUGCUGUGAAAUAUUCCUGUAUUAACCCCAAGCCUUUUGAUGAUAAAGCUUUAUUUUCCAUUCUUUUUAGUUCUCAAGAUUUUAUUGAGGAUAUGCUAAUGUGUCAAGGUCCAUCUUAGAUGCUGAGGAUAAAAAGCUGAGGGAUACUAGUGGGAGAUAUAUUUAUAAUGUAAGCAUGAUGAAACAGAUGUGAGAAAUUGACAUGGAAAUGGGGAGACAUUCUUCCUGGGAAACACAUGAAAGGCAUUGGAAAAAAUACAUUUUGAGCUAGUUUUGAAGAAUAAAUAGAAAUUUGCUGGGUAAGUAAACUGGAGUAGAGGCAUUACAGAGGCAACAGUGUGAACAAAGUGGAUGCAGUGUUUGGGGGAAUGGCAUGAAGUUCAGUGUGGCUUAACUACAUGAGGACCGUGAGUGACUAAGAGAAAACUAUUAGGUGUUUGGACUUCAUCUUGUGGGUUUUUGGAAGCCAAGAGACAUCAGUGGUGUUUUGCUAAAAAACAAAAAAAGAAACGAGCCAGCAGCAGCAACAAACACUACAGCAUUUGUUUUUCUAAUUUCAAAAUUAUCUUUAACACAUUUUCUAUGAAAAUAAACUUUUGUUUAUCAGAUUUAAGCAUAGCUUUUUGCUUCAAUGAUAUUAACAUAUAUCCAGGAGAAAAUAGAUUUUUAGGUAUAAGUUUAGUUGCAAAACCUUCAUAAUGGGGAUACAGAAACGCCUGUGAGCUACAAAAGCAAUUAAUUCAAUAUAAUUGUAACUAUUUUGAAAGUUCACAUUUUGGUAAUGAUCUAUUAUGGCUCAUACAAAAUUGUACAUUUAGGUCAAAUCACAAAACAACAUAUGCAAACAGUAUUUUUUGAAAAAAAUUGUAAAUGCUACUUCUGUAUCAUAAGGCAAAGACCAAGUUAACAGAAUACCUUGGAAUUAAUAAAAUAUUCUGCAUAUAAGUAGUCACCAUUUGCUUCUCAUUUUUCUCCCAGAUUAACACUAGUAAAAGAGCUGGAUGUGAAAUUAAUGAGACUAUUUUUAUCACAAACUACACUUCUAAUAUGCCUAGUCUGUGAACUUCUCAAACAAGACAAACUUUCAUUUUUAGAACUAGACCUGGAUUUUUCUGCUGCAACCUGGUACCUCUGAGCUUUGAACUCUAUUCAGUAUUUUCUGAUCCUUAUUUCUGCUCUCUGGUUGCAUGAAAAAAAGCAGUGGCUGGACGUGGUGCUUCUUCAGUAAUGUCAGAUGAUCCAGAUAUACCUUCAGAGGAACUUUUUAAAAAAAUUAUAAAUUGCUGUAAUCGAGUGCAAAAUAAAGGAAACUUGAGUUGCUUUAUUCAGCUUCCAGUUUCUGGGAGGCUUAAGAAUCAUAAGAAUUCUGGAUAACAAAAGAAAGUAAGACUGUGCUUAUAAAGCUUGUUCUGCCGUGUUUUUUCUUAAUGAUUGCUAUUUUAUUGUUGCUUUUCUUUUUACAUGUGAUGUAUGCAUCAGGUGUUAAAAGGUACAAUACUUUCUACAACUGAGCACCUUUUUCUGUAACUGAACAAGCAAAGAAAUUACACUGAACAUCUGCAUCUGGCAGUAUUUUUUGGAAAAAUGACUAAAAAUGGGUUUAAAUUGAACACUAUUAAAUCACAUCUAAUAUUUGAUACUACAUGAUUCAAUAUAGCUAUAAAAUACAAUUAUACAAAAUAUGUUAACAUCAAAGAAUACAACAAAAAUUAAGAUAGCAAACAAAACCUAUAUAACUUCUUUUAUAGGAAAAUAUUUUUGAAGUAUGCAUGUAGCUGCCCAUUCUUUUAAAGAAAAUGUACUGCAAGCAAACUUAUCAACCUCCAGAAAAAUCACACAUAGCAUUACUAAGCAUAUCCCCCAAAAGUGUACAAUAUGCACAUUUGGAAAACACAAAAUUUUAAAAAUUGUAAACAACAGGUGAGCUUCGUAUUUACAACAAUGUGAAAAGAAGUCCCAUUUUUAACACUGUUGUAUAAAAAAUUGUCUUUAUGUGAAAAGACCAAAUCUACGUCUGAUUGGUGUACCUGAAAGUGACAGGGAGAAUGGAACCAAGUUGGAAAACACUCUUCAGGAUAUUAUCAAUGAGAACUUCCCCAACCUAGCAAGGCACGCCAACAUUCAAAUUCAGGAAUUACAGAGAACACCACAAAGAUACUCCAGGAGAAGAGCAACCCCAAGACACAUAAUGGCCAGAUUCACCAAGGUUGAAAUGAAGGAAAAAAUGUUAAGGGCAGCCAGAGAGAAAGGUCGGGUUACCCACAAAGGAAAGCUCAUCAGACUAACAGCAGAACCAUUGGCAGAAACUCUAUAAGCCAGAAGAGAGUGGGGGCCAAUAUUCAACAUUCUUAAAGAAAAGAAUUUUCAAUCCAGAAUUUCAUAUCCAGCCAAACUAAGCUUCAAACUAAGCUGAGAGAUUUUGUCACCAGCAUGCCUGCCUUAUAAGAGCUCCUGAAAGAAGCACUAAACAUGGAAAGAAACAACUGGUACAAGCCACUGCAAAAACAUGCCAAUUUAUAAAGACCAUCAAUGUUAGGAAGAAACUGCAUCAACUAACGGGCAAAAUAACCAGCUAACAUCAUAAUGACAGUAUCAAAUUCACACAUAACAAUAUUAACUGAUGAAUCAAGAUCCAUCAGUGUCCUGUAUUCAGGAGACCCAACUCAUGUGCAGAGACACACAUAGGCUCAAAAUAAAAGGAUGGAGGAAGAUCUACCAAGCAAAUG